UGAUUAUCUUCUUCUUUUUAGAUUUUAUUUUGUAUAUAAAUAUAAAGAUAUAUAUAACUAUAUAUAUAUAAACAUAUACAUAUAUUUAUACGUACGUACAAACAUACUGAACUCAGUCACUUGAAGAAGACAUUACAAAAAUAAAAAUAAAAACAAAAAGACGAUCGAUUAUAGACAUUACAUGUCAUUUGUUAUAAUUCAUAAAUGAGUCCAGAUACAAAACUUAUUGCGAGUUUAGUGAAUCGAUUACUUAUCAGGCUACCUAGUAAUAGUGGAAAAAAAUUAGAAGUUCUAGAAAAUGAUCCUCUUAUAAAUCAAACAGUUGCUGCUUUGAUUGAAUUAUCAAAGUUUAGAUUACCGACAAUAGCAAUUACUUUACUAAACCUAUUAGACGGUGUCAAAAUGCCAACAAAUGAGGAAAAUUUUCCACAUGAGAACCUACAAUCACAAUUAUUUAUUCUUCGUUUACUCUCAGCAUGUAUGCAACAUCAUUGGCAAUAUAUAAGGGAUAUUAAAUCUGAUAGUGUAUCAGUAAAGGCAUCUUCUGUCGCUGGAGGAUAUGAAAGCUCAAUACAGAGUUUUGAUAGCUCAUCUCGUUAUAGUAAAUGGUCUGCAUCGGAUGGACCUUCACUUAUCGAAAUGGAAGAUCCUCCACCAUUUGAAGAUUCUGUUGCAAAACAUGUUUUAGCUGUUGUAUGUCGUAUGAUGCAUCAACUAACUAUUAUGGAGGAAAGGGAAUAUGGACAUAUGACAAAUCAUAACACUCAAAUAACUAGAACCGAAUAUUAUACUGCUAGCAAUAUAACAAAAACUUCAGCUGAUAUCAUUUUAGAUAUAUAUAAAGCUAUUAGUAGAGUGAUUGCUUAUUUGAGUGCAAGCAAUUGGAAUAUAGUGUUUCUAAGAGUUAGAACACGUAUUCUUUAUUUAUCCACAACGAGUGAUGAAAAUCCAGAGACAUCAGAUAUGCGAUUAUUAGAAUGUUGUUCAUUAAAUUCGAAAAGGCUUAGUAUUAUUCUUUCAGAGCUUUGUUUGAAUUUCCCCAAUUUAAAGAAAACAACUCAGCUUAUUGUCGCAGCUAUUCUUCGUAGAGCUAUUUGGGGUUGGAUUGAAACUUAUCCAAGUGAAUUUAUGCAAUUAUGUCAAAGUCAGAAAAAAUUGGAUGGUGGUCCAGAUGUGUUGUUUGAAAUUUGUUUAUCCUUAGCAGAUACAACUAGAAAGAAAGCUAACCUUUGGCCGUUACAGACGAUGCUUCUUAUUCUUUGUCCUGAUCUUUUAUGUUCAUCAGCUAAUCCGGAUGGUCAUAGAAAUGUAAAUUCAAAAAAGACGUUUUUCCUUGCUACUCUCAAAAAUUCUUUAAAACCAGGUCGAAUGGCUGAAUUAGCUGCUAUUUGUUAUGCAGAUAUCUGUAAAGCGGCGACCUAUGUGCCAAAGACAGAGGCUUCUGCUCUUCGACAUAUUGUACCUGAUAUAGAGACCGAGUUAAGGAAUCAACUCUUUGAUCGAGAUAGGCCCUUGAUUGCAGAUAGUUUAAUGAGUGGGCUAGGAAUCAUUAUUGAUCAUCGUUCUUUAUUAGCAGAUUGUCUUGUUGCCCUAUUUCGUCUUAAUCCUAGGCACACCUUACGAAGUUUGUUCCCGACAUGUCUUAAUCAACGAUCACCUACAUUAUUUAAAAUUAGUUUAGUUAAAGCUUGUCUUGCUAUUGCUUCAGAAGAAAAUAGACUUCCAUGGAAUCCCUCUGUAACAGCAUUGUAUGAUUCAUUGUCAGGUCCUUUAAAAGAUUUAUUUAUAGAGUUUGCAAGUAAAGAUUUUUCAAAGAUCGAUAAUAUCACUCUAAAUCCUGGUUCAAAUGGUCGUAAGGCGAUGAAUAAUAAUUCAACAAAUGAUAAAAAGACAAAAAGGGAAAUUCGUAUAGAUCCAUACAGUGAACGCUUAGAACUUGUUUUGGAUUUAUUAAGAUUGUAUCAAACUGAUCCAAACCUGGUUAUACGUGGUGAUAAUGUAGAUCGCUUUGAUAAGAAUGCAACUGUUAUGGUAGCUAUUACAAAUUGUCUUCGUAUUCAGAAUCAAUUCAUUAGAGAUGCUGCUGCUGUAUGUCUUUAUAAAUUGCAUCAGCCUUCAUAUAUUUUAGAGUGGAGCUCUUCUCCAAACUUUAUAGAGUCCUUUUGGAAAAUUUCAUCACAGGUCAUGUUUGCAUUAGCUAAACAACUUUUAGAUAAUAGAGAAAAAGAGGAUGGAUUAAGGCGUUUAUUAGAAUUAUUAAAAAAGCUUUUUGAAUCAAGAAAUGAAUUUCUGAGAGCACAUAGGGACAUUGCAUCUCAAGGAUCAGAUACAAGAGAACGAUUACAGGCAUCCAUUGGGUUGGAGGUAGCAUUAUUAGUUUUACUUUGCUCGUCCGAUAUUGAAAUUUGUUCAUCAGCUAUUACUUGUCUCGGUCAUAUAUGUACAGAAUCACAGCUUACAGAAAGUAUCGAUGACCCUCAGCAUGUAGUAUCAAUGCUUGUCGAAAAUCUUCCUAUUUAUAAACAACUCUCGGCUAAUAGUGGUAUCGUCACAGGUCGUAAAUCUCAACAAAAACAAAUACGAAAAUUACUUAGAAUUAUGACACAUUAUGCACCAGGAAAUCUUGCAGCAUGGGAAGAAGUAUAUAAAAGAUGGAAAUAUAUGACGCCUUCAAUAAUAAAAUUCCACGACGAAUCUAAAGAUGAACUUCAAGAGAACGUUGUAAACAAUAGUAACAAUAUAAGAAGAGGUGUUCCAGCAUGGCAUGAUAAACUUAGAAACCCCACAUCCUCAUCGAAUAGACAGACACAUUCAUUAUCAUUGAGUAGUAUUAGAACAGAGACGAAUAGUAUGGAUGAUGACAAAUAUUCUGAGUGGCAGAAUUAUGCAGGUUUUUUAGCAGCUUUAGGAGGUAUUUGUCUGAUGGCAGAUACAGCUUUACCAUCAUCAGCGCCUUCUUCACCAACUUCAUCCCGUUAUAAUGAUCAACCUACACUAAAACGAAUUUCUACACCUACUGAAUCAUCUGCUAUGGUGAAUAGAUUCGUUAUGGAAAUGAUUGAUCUCUUACUUUGUGAUAAUAUUAUUAUUCGCGAAUGGGUCAAGGAAAUCCUUGGUACUGAUCUUUCACCUGCACUUUAUCCUAUGCUAUUCCGUUAUAUGGAAACAGCCUUGACCAAGUAUUUUGGAACUGAAGGAGAUCCAGUUUGUAAUAGCCGUAACACAUUGUUUGUAGAGCAAGCAAUUAGCGUAUUAAAAUUAGUGCUUGAUCGUAUGGAGGACUCUCCUGAAAAUCUUUUGACAGUUGAUCUUAGUAGUUUAAUUGAUCAAUAUGCUAAAUACUUAAACAAACUAGGAAGUGAACAAUUAGCAUUGAAAAUUAAGAUUAAGUUUUGUCAAUUAACUGAAGUUUUAAUGAUGAAGAAGGAUAAAGUGACUCUUCGACAAGAGUUUAGAUUACGUAAUAAGCUACUUGAAAUUAUUGUGGAAUGGACAAGUGAUUUUUCUUUGAAACCUGAUAUGGUGAAUCAUUCUGUUUCUUUUGGAACAACACAAAGCGAAAAAAUGCAUCGAGAAUUGGACUUGGCAUGCUUGAAUACGAUUGUUAGUCUACUACAUCAAUUACCUCUUCAAUCACCUGAUCCAGUACAUGAGGUUGAUCCAACACCUGUUAAAAGCCGAAUAUUUUACAAGUAUUUUACUUUUUUCUUAAAAUUGCUUAACAGAUGUAAAGAUUCAGAGACUGAGUCUGAUAGUGCAUCUUAUCGCGCUCGUCAUUACUUAGAAAAUGGUGUUCAUUCUAUAGGAAAAAAUAAGGAUAAUAUGUCAACCUACUUGGCUCCCUUGAAAGAAAGUACGAUAUUGGCUAUGUCUAACCUGUUAAGUGCGAAUGUUGACAUUGGGUUAAAAUAUUCUUUGUCAAUGGGUUAUCAUGAUGAUACACAAAUGAGGACGGCAUUUAUGAAAGUUUUAACAAACAUUCUUAAUCAGGGAACUGAAUUUGAAACUUUAGCAGAAACAGUAAUAACGGAUCGUUAUGAGAAACUUGUAGAUAUGCUUGUGGAUCUUGAUUUAAAUAUUGCUCUAUCACUUUGUGAUGUGUGCCCUGCUUCAGAUAUUGAGGAUGCUGCAAAUGCCUUACUAGCCUGUUUUGCCUCUAGAGGAAAAGUCCUUGUAUUAUUGAAGGCAGUGAUUGAACGAGAGGUUCAAAAUACAGAUAGUGAGACAGAGUUAUUAAGACGAACAAGUAUUGCUACUCGACUUUUAUCUGUAUUUGCAAAACAGAAUGGAGCAGAUUAUGUUCGUUCCGUUUUACAACCUGUUUUUAUAAAAUUAUCUGAAAAGCCAGCAGAAGAAAAAACGUUUGAAUUGGACUCAUCAAAAGUUGGUAAUGGUGAAGAUGUUCAUAAAAAUAAACAGAAUGUCAUCAAUGCAACCGAGCUCUUCUUAAAUGCUAUUUGUGCUUCAGCAAACGAAGCGCCAAGAGCGUUUCGUGAAGUGUGUCAUUGUAUAUUAACUGCUGUUCGUGAACGUUAUCCAGAGGCAAAAUAUACUGCUGUUGGUGCAUUUAUUUUCUUACGUUUCUUUUGCCCAGCUAUUGUAUCACCAGAAUCGGAAGGGUUAGUUAAAUCAAAUAUAGUGAUUUCACGUGACAUGAAGCGUGGUCAUUUAAUUACAACAAAAGUCAUUCAGAAUCUGGCCAACAAUGUUCUCUUUGGUGCUAAAGAAGCAUACAUGAUAGUACUAAAUGAUUUUCUAACAAAUAAUAUCUAUAAAGUGACUAGUUUCCUUCGUGAAAUCUCAAAUGUUUCAGUUAAAUCUAAUAUUACAAAUGCAAAUAAGGGUGAUAUGAGCCCCAAUGGUAGUGAUAAUGCUGGACUCGAGAUUCGACCUAUGGAAGAAAAGGAUUACAGUUGUUUACAUAGAGUUUUGUUUGAUAAUAUGGAGCGUAUAUCUAGAGAAGUUGCAACAAGAAGACUAAGACAAUACACGAAUCAAGAAAGUGCCAUUAUGUGGAAACGCCAAUUUGAUAAAUUUUCUAAUUUGUUAGCUCAACUAGGUAGACCUCCAGAAGCCUCUAAGCAAGAGUUUAGUGGAUUGAGAAGUUAUACAUAUGCAGCAGCAAAUCAACUCUACGCUGAAUUUAUGCGUCGCAAUAGUCAUCGUAGUGUAGAACCAAUUGUUUCAAAGAAUAUCUUUUAUGAAGGUGGAGUUUCAAAAGCAAAUCGACCUGUAUUUUAUCUCAUUGCUAGAAAUAUCACAGCUGAUAGUAUUGAUUUUGAAUUAUUAGUAUAUCAUAUAUUACAGACAGUAGAGCGUGCUUCAAACAAAAGUUUUGAACUUGUACUUGAUAUGACCUUAUUCUCCUCUAUGAAUGAAAUCCCUAUUCAAUAUAUAAAUCAAAUUAUACAACUGUUGCCAUUUAAUGCAUCUGAUAACUUGGCAAGUAUUUUAAUGUACAAUCCUAAUUCACAUCUUCGAAAAUAUGUUAAAAGACUGUCUCGUCCUUUAUCGCACAAGAUGACAAAAAGAUUAUCCUUCGCUGUAACGCUUACUGAAUUGUAUGAAUUCAUUAACCCUAGCGAAGUCCGUCUUCCAAAAUCAACUACAUCUUUGGAUACAGAGCCAUGCCAUGUAUUUCAUCCAGUUAACAAGCUUUCUCAAUAUAAAAUGAAUAUCCCAAUUACAAUCAAGGUUAAUUCUUUAUAUAUUCAAGUGAUGACAGUACGUAAACAAGAAUUCCUUUAUGGUGUCUCUACAAUUAUCAAUGAUGUUUACGCAAUUGCUGAUAUUGAAGACUUGACAAUGAUAAACAACUCACGUAGUCAAGAGAAUGCAUACGAAUUUCACUUUAAAUACAAUAAAGGAAAUACACAUCAUAUAUUCUCAUCUUUAAAGCGUGAAAUUAUUAUCAAUACAAUUCGACACAAUAAAAGAAGGCUUGAAAUGACAAAACCAAGUAAUAUCUCAGAGAGAACGAUUCGUCCUAAUGAUGUACCAGGAAGAUUACUUAAUAUGGCGCUACUUAAUAUUGGUAGUAAUGAUCCUAGUCUUAGACUUGCAGCCUAUAAUCUUUUAUACGCUUUGAGUAUUACUUUCCAUUUUGAAGUCGGUAAUCAACUUCUAGAUGCCAGAGAUUUAUGUUUGCCUGCUAACAGCACUAUGUUUGUUGUUAAUAUCAGCGAAAAAAUUGCUCGAAAUCAACAGAGUUUAACUUUAGAGUUUCUGAGUGAAUGCUUUAUAGGAUUUCAAAAAUCAAGUGAACCGUUACGUUAUCUUUGUCUAGAUUAUAUGGCACCUUGGCUUCCAAAUCUUUCUAAAUUCUGUAAAAAUAUGGGUACAAAAAAUGAUAAUGAUAUUACAAAGACAAAAGAAGUUUUACGUAAUUUAAUUGAUUUGACAGUUGCUCGAACUGAUAUGUACAAAUUAGUUCAAGCUAAAGUUUGGAAGACUAUUGGACAAAUUGAUGAUAUUUUAAACAUCGUAUUGGAUUCGUUUAUUCAAUUUUCAAUUGAGCAUGGAGUUGGUUCACCUCAAGCAGAAGCUAUGGCAGAUACAUUUGUGACUCUCUCAAAUAUUACUGUUAAGGGAAAAGUAAUUACUCGCUUACGAAAAGUUUUACAAAAGACAUCCUUCAAGCCGUCUAAAUCUUUAACAGACCACUGGAUUUGGAAUGAGAUUGCUAUUCUAAUUCGUUUUGUAUUAAUGCUUUCUUUCAAUAACCGGGGCCCCGUUAAGAGUUCUGUUCCUGAAAUAUUUUAUGUUAUUUCGCUAGUUGUCGGUGUUGGUCCAACUAUCAUUCGUGCUUCUGUUCAUGGACUCGUUGUUAAUAUUAUCCAAUCUUUGUGUACAACUAUGCCAAUCCAGGAAGCCAAUGUCAAAAAAUUGCAAUUAAUUCUCAGUGAAAUUUCUGAUACAAAAUAUCGUCUUUUAUUUGGUUUAUUUAAACCACAUACAAAUGCUUUUACCAUAUCAUCGGAAACAUUAUCAGAUAAUUUAGAACCUAUUCCAUUAAUUGCUUUAGAAGCUAUAGUUAAUAAUUUGCUAGAAGUGAUUACCUAUGGUGCACCAUCAGCUGAUAUGGCUAAUGCUUGGAGAGCUCGAUGGAUGAGUCUAGUUGCCAGCACUGCUUUUCAGUUUAACCCUGCUAUACAGCCACAAGCCUUUGUUGCUCUAGGAUGUUUAGGAAAAGAAGAAGUAGAUGAUGAUUUACUUUAUCAAAUAUUAGUGGCUUUAAGAGGUGCAUUAGCUAUUUUCAACGAAUCUGAUCCUAAUCUAGUUUUAAGUAUUAUGAUGUGCCUUAAGAAUAUUGUAGAAAGUUUACCACCAGAUUCUCGUUAUCUUUUACCGUUAUUUUGGAUUGCUAUUGCUUUAGUAGAAAUUAAUAAUGGAUCCAUAUUCUCUAUGGCUAUUGGCUUAUUGCUAUCUAUUUUACGAGCUUUAGAUGCUGAUGAAUAUUUUACUGGCGAACGUAUUGUUGAUAUUCUUCUUGCUGCUCGUGAACCAAUGGCUGAUAUCGCUAAAAAGUUGGAUGAAUUAUGUGGUAUCAAUUUCGAAUCACAUUUUUCAUUUGCUAUUUCUUGUAUUUUCUUGAAAGGACUUCGUUAUAACAACGCUAGAGAAAUUAUCUUUCAGGGGUUAACUACAUUUUUAGAUAUUGAAUGUAAACAUGCUAAUAAUUUAAAUUCAAUUGAUUCUCAAACACUUGGGUAUUUAGCCGGACUACUACCUCUUGCAGCUAAAAAUGAAACUCUCAAAGAAGUUUUACGGUUAACAGGUGUAGCAGAUUCUGAUUUUGAUGUUAGUGAUGAUGACGAAGAAGAUGAUUCUGGCAAUCUCAAACCAUUUUAUGAAGGUGUAUUUGAUAAACUUGACAUUAACGACGAGACAACUGCUCUUUUACUUACUUCAAUGUUAGCUACACAGUUACAAAUGGUCGAAAAUAAUAAUGAAAAACUCUUUUUAUAUGGUUUGCUAGCUGAAGCGGCUAACUCAAUGCCUGAAGUAUUUUCUGUGGUAUAUGAUGCACUUUUGCCUAAAAUGAAUCAAAUCGUACUAAGUAGCACAUGCCAACCUAUUAUUGAAUCAGUAAAGACAAUUCUUUUAAUUGCUUGUUCAAAUCCUGCAUUUAGUGACGUAUCUAGAAAAGCCAAUCCUAGCCAAAAAGUAUUGUUAGAACGAGUAGGGUUUUCUGCACUUGGUGAUCCUACUUUUGGAGCGACUUCAAUAAACACAUUGCAAAAUGCAAAACUUGCAAGUGAAAUUAUUGAACUAGUUAUUGCAUAGACUAUGAAAAAAAAAAAGUUACUUUAUACACCUUAAUUUUAAUCAAAGAGAAAGAGAAAGAGAGAGAGAAAAAAAGACAUGAUAACAUGAAUAUGCUCAAUUUACACAUGAAUAUUUAUAUACUUAAUGAUAUAUACAUAAUAUUUAAAACUUAUAGUAUAAUAAUAAUAUUAAUAAAUGCAACAUACAU